AUGUAUCUGCAUGUACGGUAGCGCGUCUGCUGCAGUCGCCGGUACAUGAUAUCCAACCGCAAUCACAAUAACUAAUAUCAGUCUCACCUUUCGCCGCACAAUAUACUGACCGACCCGUGGAACGCUUUUUUCGCAUUACGCAUUCUUAGUCAUUACAUUACAUCAUCCCGUUGAACUAUACCGCAAAUAACAGCCGGCAUCACGGGGAUUUGUAUUGGACCGCGAGCGGUAAUCUAAUUCCAUCCGCAGUGUUGCAGUGCCUAUUUAUUCAUCUCUCCCGGCGCGCUCGGGUCUUUUGUGCUGCGCAGCGCUCUCUCCUACCGUUAUAGCACAAGAGAACUACCGGAAAAUGCGCCGACGCCGGCAAUAUCUACCUUUUGUCCCGAGUGCACUCAACGCGGCCGGGGUAGAAGGCAAAAUCAAUACCGUGACACAAGCCGGCUGCUCGGCAGCAUCUACCUUUCCGCCUGCAACAACAGCUACUGUACCUGACUGUGUUGAUUAGACGAUCUCACGGCCAGAUUCACACCGCGUUGAAAAGGAUCACAAGCCAUGCAAAUGCUAUUUGCGUAAAUCAGCGCGGCGAAGUAUUAACUGUUAAAGGACGCUUUUUUGGAAUCUAAUCAUGCCUGCUUUACCGCACGAACCGGUGCAUCCAUAAUAAAACCAGUGUCUUCUUAUGCUGCAGAAUGCGGCAAUUGUUACAGUCUGCUUGGAAGACACUUAUAAUAUUUAAUAUAAUUUUGUUCUUCGGAUGACCGUUUAAACGAGAAAAUUAACUUCUCUCUUUGCCGAAUAAUGUGAGCGAAUUUUUAUAUAACCGUUUAAAAAAGGAAAUUUCUGUUUCUUAUUUGUGGAAUAUUGUGAGUCGCUUUAUUCUCAUGGACCUUCCACUACGCGCCGUCCCCCCAGGCUACUACCCAGCCCCCCACGUCUACAAAGCCGACCCCACCGUCAACCCCAUCCGCGAGAACCUCUUCUUCCUAUUAUGCCGGCCGUUCCUCCGUCUCAUGCGCCUGGGCGGGAUGUUCUUCAUGCCGCUAUCCUUCGUCCGCGGCGAACACAGCGCCCUCAUCAACCAAUACAUGGGGAACCGGUACGCGCGCGGCUGCUUCGAACUGCUCUCCCACUGUUACUGCGUUCUCGUCUUCGCGAUCAUGGCGCUCUUCUGUGGGAAAUCCCUCUUCACCAUCCACUACGCCAUCCAGCACAACCACAUCAACAUCAGCAACGAGAACCUCGGAGGUCUGGUGCAGGCCGUGGUCUACGGAGUGUGGAUCAUCCAGAUCCUGCUGACUCACGUCGUCUUUAUCUACGCCUGCUGGAAGGAUGAAGGGAUCGCGCAUCUGAUGGCCUUCUGGGAGCACACGCAUUUCCGGUGUUUGGACCCGAAUUGCCGGUAUCUGUACCGGAAACGCGGACUGUACCGUUCGCGGAAUAAGUUUAUGUUCUUCGGGGUUCUCAAUAUUGCCGUCCAGAUCUGUACGUUGCUCUUACCGAUGCUGGUGCCGGCGCCGAUCUAUCGGACCCUCCGCGGAAUGCUGUUCGGGGGGUAUAUGGAGGAUAACCCGCUGAUUAUCACCCUGGGGGUGCUGGGCGCCGUGUACACCGCGUUCGUGUAUAUCUUGCCGAUUUUCUUCUUUGCCAUGGUGUGCCAUUUUAUUAUCUAUGAUUACAAUCAUAUUUGCUACGAAAUAAAGAAGUUACAGACGACCAGGGAGAUUUAUCCCUGGAUGGAGUGGAUCCGGCUGAGGCAUAAUGCCGUGUGUUUGUUUGUGGAGACGGCCGACGGGGUGUUUGCGCCGUAUAUCUUGCUGACGCUGGUCUGCAACGUCUUUCAGAUUUUGAUGGGGAUUUUUGUGGUGUAUCAGGAUUCGAUGAAGGAAGAGGGAAUAGAUUUGAUGAAGGGGUUGUCGUCGCUGUACUGGAUGCUGCAGUAUCUGUUACAGCUAAUUAUUAUCCUGGGAGCGGGAACGGCGCUGAGUAAUGCUGCCCGAUCCCCGAUGGCCCAUGUUUACAAGAUCAGUCAAGAGCCAGCUGCCAUCCCUUCCUCACCGGAGCUCUUUCUGCUGCGUCUGCAGACCUUCCUCAACAAAUUGACUUGUAAGGAGAUGGGAUUCACCGCAUGGAAUCUCUUCAUUAUUAAUUACGAAGCUAUUCGAACGAUGUUUGGAACGUUUGUAACCUACGAAAUCCUCAUAUUUCUUCUGCAAAUUGACCUGAAACGAGAUGAAAGGAUGGACGAGAUACCGCUAUGCGAUUGCGGAGGCAGUGAACCCGGCCAUGCUGAAUGAUGACGUGGCGUCACUGCUGUAAUCCGUCGCAAUUAAUUAUUUUCUACGAACGCAUAAAGCAGAAAUUGUGUUACCUAUUGCUCUAAUUUCUCAGUGUCGAUAGAAAAAAAGGAAUUGAUUACAUUUUUUUCAGAAAUGAGAAAUGAAUUGCGUGAUUUGUUUUAAUUUUUAAAAUAAUUCGCUGAAUCGCUGGCGCCUGUGAUUACCCUUUU